GGAGGAGGCCGCCAGCUGCACUUGUCGUUUGUUUCAUUCCAGCAAGAGAGGGAAGAGGGUGAACUUUUUCAGAAGUACAGACAAUUUUGGCACACGAAAGAGAGAGACGGAGAGAGGGAGAGGGAGUGCAAAGUAGGCACUGUAAAGAGAGAGGGGCAGAGCUAUAAGAAAAGAAAAGAGAGAGAGAGAGAGUGCAGAGUGAGGCAAGGAGAGCUGUUUGCCUAAACCCUGUUGGCUUUCACAGUGUGCGUAUCCCAGUGUUGUUCAGUGAACCGUGCGGCGGACAGUGCCACUGUGUCUGUGUGUAGCUCUGGUUGCAUUGAACUCUGCUCGCUGCUGACCAGUAGAGAGUAAAGAGAGUGAGGAGUGGGAGGAGGAACAGAGUGCCGGACACCCUGUUGGAGGGUUUGCCUGGCAGAGGCAAUUUUCCUUGAUAGGCUCGGCAACCAUGCUGGAAAACACAGGUGGAGCAAGAGUGGGUGAGUUUUUGAUGAGAUUGUGAUGGAGCUCAGCUGGGCUUUGUCGUUGUGUGAAACAGGAAAGUCUGAUGUGGCACAGUUUGCAAUGAAAUGUAAUUUAUAAGAGCUUAUUGCAUUAAAGUGACAUGACAGUUAUCAUGUUAUUGUUUUCUUAUGACUUGUGAUUGUAAACACAGUUGGUUUCAUUAUGGUGAUUUUGCUUGGUAAUGCUAUUUUACUGCUCUGAAUGGCGAACACGAUUGAAAUGGUAUUGUGGAGAAUCAUGUAUUUAUGGGAUAUAUUCUGGUGGUACAAGUGAGAGCACUCUUCAAAUCAUUGAGGUAGAGCUGUGUUAUGUUUUUACCAGCAGUAGCUGUGAGUCUGUCUCACUGUCUAUCUCUGUCUGGCUCUUUCAGAUGCUAAAGUGAAUAAUCAGUCAGAAACUACUAAAUGUGCAAUGGAAAGUGGUGACGGGAACACCGGAAUCCAAAUCAAUGGAUUGGACUUUCAGAGGCAGACCGUGCCCACCACAAGUGCAAUCACAAAUGCACAUGCACAAGCCCUCCUCCAACAGUCUAAGUUGGAAGACUCGAGUGCUCUUUCGACCUCCGUCCAGCAGAGCGUAUUGCCUCAAACCCAGCUAAUGUUGGCCGGGGGACAGAUUGCUGGAUUGACCCUGACCCCCGCGCAUCAGCAGCUGUUGAUCCAGCAGGCCCAAGCUCAGCUCCUGGCUGCCGUGCAGCAUUCAGCCAGCCAGCAGAACAGCACCACUGGGGCGAGCAUCUCAGCCUCCGCAGCCACACCCAUCACCCAGCUGCCCCUGUCACAGCCCAUCCAGAUCACCCAACUUCAGCAGCAGAAUUUAGGUCUGCCUCAGUUUGUUCUGGUUCAGCCCGGCCACCCGAUCGCCACUCCUCUGCAGUCUGCUCAGUUCAUCAUCUCACAGUCACCACAGGCCCCACAGGGCAUAUUGCAAACCCAGAGUCUUCUAACUCAACUACCUCAAAGCCAAGCUAACCUCCUGCCGACUCAACCAAGCAUCGCCCUUGCAACUCAGCCUGCAACUCCGACCCGCACAACAGCAGCAACACCUAUUCAGUCCCUGCCCCACAGUCAGACACCACCCAAACGGUUGGAUACCCCGACUCUGGAGGAGCCUAGUGAUCUGGAGGAGCUGGAGCAGUUUGCCAAAACCUUCAAACAGAGACGUAUCAAACUGGGCUUCACACAGGGGGAUGUUGGCCUGGCCAUGGGGAAGCUGUAUGGAAACGACUUCAGCCAAACUACCAUCUCUCGCUUUGAGGCCUUGAAUCUGAGCUUUAAGAACAUGUGCAAACUUAAGCCAUUGCUUGAGAAGUGGCUCAAUGAUGCAGAGAACCUGACAUCUGACCAGGCCCUGUCCAGCCCCAGUGCUCUGGGCUCCCCAGGCAUGGGCAUAGAGGGACUCAAUCGCAGACGGAAAAAGAGGACCAGUAUCGAGACCAACAUCCGAGUGGCCUUAGAAAAGAGCUUUCUGGAGCAGAACCAAAAACCUACCUCUGAAGAGAUCACCAUGAUCGCUGACCAGCUCAACAUGGAGAAGGAGGUCAUUCGGGUCUGGUUCUGCAAUCGUCGGCAGAAAGAGAAGAGGAUUAACCCCCCCAGCAGUGGCAACAGUGGCGGAGGCAGCACCCCCAUCAAAACCAUAUUUACCCCCAGUAGCCCGUUGGUGGCCAGCACAGCAAGCCUUGUGAGCAGUCCAACUAUUAACACACCCACCACUCUGACUGUAAACCCAGUGAUGCCUCUCACCAGCACCAGCGUCUCCAGUUUGUCUUUCACAGGCUCGACAGUUGGAGCCACAAAUACUGCAUCCGUCAUCUCCACCGCACCUAUGGUUACCACAGCACCCAGCUCUCCAUCUUUAAGCCCGUCACCAACGACUAUUCAGUCCACGACCACAGAGAGCAAGGUUGGCACUCAGGCGCACACCAUCGUCACCCAGGCUCCGACAUCCAUAGCCACCACUUUAGGGACAGGUCAGGUGAUGGUGUCGGCUCAGGGGCUGUCUGCGGCGCUGCAGAGUGCCGCCCAGUUGCCCACCAGUGCGAGCUUUGCUGCAAUGGCGGCUGCUGCUGCAGGGCUUAACCCAGGACUGAUGGCCUCCUCCCAGUUCGCUCCAGGGGGGGCCCUGCUCAGCCUGACUCCUGGUGGCCUUGGCAGCGCACUGAGUCCUGCCCUCAUGAGCAACAGCACCCUGGCCACCAUUCAAGCUCUGGCGUCGAGCGGCACAAUCCCCAUCACUUCUCUGGACGGCAGCAACCUGCUGUUUGCCAACACCUCUGCUGGUAACACGCCCAACCUGGUGACCACGCCGCUCUUCCUGAGCCCCCAGAACCUGUCGCUGCUCACCAGCAACCCCGUCAGCCUGGUGUCGGCCGGGGCGGGGGGGCUUCAGGUCACCGCAGAUGCUCAUCAUCAAGCCACCACAGCUGCUGUGCCUGUGCAAGCCUCGACCAUUACCACUGCCUCCAAGGCUCAGUGAAGCCAGUCAGGCUGCAUCCCGAAUUAACGCCCUAUUUCUUAUGUCGUGCACUACUCUUAUCACACCAUGUAGGGAAUAGGGAGGUCGUUUGAUAUAGGCUCCGUGCUUCACUAACCACCCCACAUUCUUUCCAUUGUAUCUAUCAUUAUUUAAUCCUUUUUGCUGCCACCAAAAAGAAGAGAACCUCGAGUGAGGUUGAGGUUAACUUUUUAUUUUUUGUUUGUUUGUUUGCUGUCUUUUCCUUUAUGAUUCUUGGAUGUUUUUUCCACAAACAGUAGCCAGAUGGACACUGUUGUUGGCCUGCCGCUCCUCAUGAACCUUGACAUGUGUCCAGGAAGAAAAUAUCCUCGGCACCAUCAAGCUGUUCACAUUUUGUAUAUAUAUAUAUAUCCUCCUAUUUCCAGGUCAGAAUUUUCUCUGAAAUACUUCUAACCAAAAACUUUAGGAUUUUGCUCUUUUAACAUUCAAACUAAACUGAUUUACUACUAAUUUCACAAUAUUCAUCAUCACUAAUGGGGAUCUGUGUGUUGCCCCAUCGUUGAUUAUCUCUUGGGUUUUUGGACAGGCUUUGACGUAAAUCAUAUCAAAGUUAUAUUUUAGAGACUUUUUUCCUUUAUCUUUACUGUCUGUAUUUUUUGACAUUUUCAGAACUUUGUAAGUCUAAUAUUAAGUUAAGAUUUAACUAUCACUUUCUAAUCGUGGUUAUAAGGCUUUAAAAACAAGUAAUAAGUGGCCGAUAUAAAGGUUAUCAUUGCUUUAAGGGUCGGAGGGACCAGAUAUGUCUCUCUGAGUCUCUCUUUCUGGAAACACUGAGUUUUACAUCGCGCUGCGGUGGCAAAGUAGCUGCUGAGCUUUUGUAAAACGGCGGUCUAGGUGUGGAUCAUAGACACUGAUAGAAAAUGACUAAAAACAAUAUGUUGAGAGCUUUAAAAAGAGCUGCACACAUGCAGUGCCGUGUCCGAUUAAGGGUGAUUUGUUUUUGGAUGGUGAUCCAUUGGAAAAAUGUACAUUAUGUUUGGAUUCAGAGGUAGAAAGUAGAAGUCUGCAUGUGUUGUCUACAGCUCAGGCAGGUGCUGAGAGUUCAGUGACUGCAUAAGGCUGUGCGGCUGACUGGUCUGUGUCGAGGAGGACUAGUCAGGGGGCAUGGUCAUCAUACCAAACGUAUGGUGGCGUCGGCUAGAUGAGGUUAUUGUAUUGUGUUUUUUGUUUUCUUUUUUCUUUUUUAAUAGUAGUACCGUUGUAUCUACUUGUGCACAGUAUCUGUACCAAAAAACUGGAUUGAUGAGCUGCAGUCUGCCUUUUUUGGGAGGAAUGAAAUUCUGUCUUUUAUUUGUCUGCAGUCACUUGACUGGCUUACGUACUUUAAGAUAUACCAAAAAUAUUUGUUAAAAUAAUUGCUGUGUGUAGUCGGUGUAGCUUAGUCUUGUCAAUAUAUUUAUGAGUACAGAAUCUCUCUUCAUUGUCAACAGAUUUUAGAAAUGCAAUAUUUUGAUGAUCAUUUUCCAAAGAUGACCUUUUUUUUUUUUUUUUUUUUUUUUAAUUUGACCAAGUGUCUCAUAGCUCAACUUUGAAUUGGCAGCAAAACUGACCAAAAAGAGAGAGACAGGCGAGUUGUGGCAUGAGAAAGUAGUUUCCUUUUACUCUUUUUGAAUUGAUUUGUAUCACUGGGGCCUCACCCCGAAUGCCUGAUUCUGGAUUUCUUUGAGCCAUUUGAUGGCUUGUUUUCCUUUUUUAAUCAGUUUUGGCCAUUUUGGUAGCAGUUCUGGACUUUUCUGAAGCAUAAUAGAAAGGUUCUGUUGUUUGGUUUUGUACUAAUAUUCAGCCAUAAAACAACAGCUUGAACCAAAGUGGUUUUCCUCAGUAGUUGCUGUGCCUGUCCGAGCACACAAGUUGCCGUUCAUGAUCUCUACUCUGACCACUGCUAUAGUAAAAUAUUUUCCUCUUCUCUCACCUUGGUCAGUACCUGAUAAUUCCUGAUUUGGUGCUGCUGGAUAAGGAUCACAGAAACUUAGCUUUAACAACUUGCUGCUGAAGCUCCGGGUGGAGUUGCGCUGUUGAGAGGCCCGCAUGCUUUCCUAUAGCUUUAUGACUGCACCCUGUGAAAAUCAGGUUUUGUGGUUUGGACCCUCUCAUCUGGAGGGCUCACCUAUGUAACUGCAUCGGAUGACAUACUACACCUCCUCUCAGCACCAACAUUGUGAACCAGCAUGUUAGGAAACAAUAUGCUGCUCCCCAAAUCUGUCUGCGGACUAGUUUAAAACGCGCCAAAUUAUCUUACCCAACACAGCGUCGGGCUAAGUACUCUUAUGUGCUACACAUUCAACUAAACCCCGUACAAAAGUAGCAUUGUUCUGCUGCUUCCAAAUAACAAAACGAAUUACCAGAGUGAUUAUUAAAUCACUGAGACUGUAAGCAGCAAAAUUUGUCCAUGUUAUCCUCUUGUGUACUUCUUUUCUGUUAUUGAUUUAUUUUGACUGAAUAUACCUCAGCAGCACUUAAACAUAAGGUUCACCUUUUAGACAUUUCUGUGUAUAGAACAGUGUAGAAUGUAUAAGUACUGUCUGGCUUACCAUUCAGAGUUUAUACUGAUGAACCACACAUAGGAACCAUACAUUAAAAAGACAACCUACUACUGCUAUUUUCUAGUACUACUAUUUAUGGGGUAUUUCCAGGUUUAAAUAUUAUUUUGAGAUCUUUCUUGCCAAAGUAAAAGCCUUUCUCUUUGCAGCUCGGCAGGUGUCUGGCUGCUCACGUUGCUGGUUUCCCUGUCUCUGAGGCCACGAUGGGCCUAAAGGACUCAGUCCUGUUCCAGUGCUGUUUGUAGUUACUAAUGAGUCGAACGUGUGCUAGCUGAACCAGUUGCCAUCGGCACCAUAGGAUGUUACUGAAAUAUUUAUCUGAGGAAAGACUGAAGAAUUAGAGAAACGAUCUUUUCUUAAUUCUAUACAUAUAAAUAUAUAUAUAAACACUUGUAAGAUAUUCAUAUUUUAUAUUUGAACCAGUAUGUUAUCAAGACUGAAUGUAGUGUUUAUCAUGCUUACUCAAAAAAUCUCCCCUAAAUCUUCCUUUUAUUAUUACGAAAGAGCAAUUUUUUUUUUUGAAAACUGUUAAGACCAAAAAAACUAGAAGAAAUCUGAGGCCACGCCUCGGUGGAGCGUGAGUCGCUGACACCUGUGUCUGUCGUGUAUCUGCGAGGACUUUUCUACGGGAGGGUCUCGUUCAGGCGCUCCUGACAGACACAUCCUGUGGUUUGGUAGGAGACUGAAGCAUCUGAUCUUAAUCUUUUAAUAGAUUUUUGUUUUUGAUUUUUUUUUCUUUUUUGUUGAGUCGUUUGUGGACUUGAUUUGCUGUGCUGUCUUUAACAAUCAUUUGACUUUUUUUUUUUUUAAUAUUACUUUAUGCCUUUAAUUGUUUUGUAUAGUGUGAGAGGGCAAGAUCACUGGCUUUCUUAGUUUGACAAAGAAGAUUAACAUUAUCAUUUAUGCCUUAUUGUUACGUAGAAGACAUGAGCAUUGUAGCAUUGUUGUUGUGUGUGAGUGCGAGCUUGAGCGUUGAGCUCACCUGGUGCAUUGUUUUCAGCGAAACAAUACAGUGUACUUUGGGCAUUUUGGUGCGUGCGAUGAUUACGUUGCUACCUAUGUUUUUAGGUGUGACUCAGACAGGUUGAAUACCUGUUAGAAAAGCUUUACUAAUAAUUCCAGCAGGUGGGUGUGUGUGUGUGUGUGUGUGAGUGAGUGUGUCUUACAAAGAGAGAAUAGUGAGGGCAGUCUGCAAACCAUUAUAGUGCAUUUUUCCCAUCUUCCAGCGGGUGUUUGAGAGUGAUUUUUAAAAGGGUGAGACAUGAGAGUACUUAUUUUUGUUGUUUGUCCAGAGGGGGGUUCUCUACUGAUUAACUAGAGCCUUUAAGCAAGCCAGUUUUUGAUUUAUUAUGGUAAAACUACAGUUUGUGUUCUACUUGUGAUCUUAUUAGCUGACAACUGAUGAACUUAUUGCCACUGACUUGGCUUUAAUGCUUCAGUUUCAGCUGGUGAUUCAGAGAUUUUGACAUGCGCUCGUGGAUCAGCCACUCGUCAAGUUGUUGUAUGUUGAUCCACCACACUGGUUUGCUGGUAUUUAACGUUGACAAAGGAAGUGUGGAGCACCAGUAAGGCAAAGGAGCUGUUGUAUACCUCAUUUCUAACUCAAGACUGAGUGAAAACCUGCUUUAAUCUACUUAAGAAAUAAGAAAAAUAUUUUAUAAAAUCUCACAAAAAAAAAAAAGAUGAAAAUACUCAAACUUGUGUCUGUGGAGAAGCCUGGUCAUACCUGUACUUAGUGAAGGGUGUCGGAAAAAUGUCGCCACAAGGGGGAGACAAAAUUCACACCAGUACCCAUGAAUGUCUGCUGUUUUUCUUUCACUGUUUGGUGUUCUCUUGCUGCACACUGAUAUAUUUCAGCAUUGGGUGGAAAUUAUUUGUUGUAACUUCAGAUAAAUGUUUCUUUUGUCCUUAAUCGUCAGUUCAAAGUUACUCUCUAUGAUAUAAAUGGGUCAUUUGAUUAAUGUGGUGUAGGUACACGUGCAUUUUAACACCCCCUCUAUGUUUAAACAUUUUUUUAAGUUUGACAAUCCUUUUUUUUUUUCUUUUCUUUUUUAAUUUUUAAUUGUAUUUUCACUCGGAUCAGGUACAGGUAUGAACAAGUCUUCCCACAUGACGGUGCGCUGUCGCAGCCCGCUCUCGCUUCCCCUGUGAUACCAACAUUAACCAAAGACUUCUAACUUGAUUGUAUACGAACGACACCAUCUCCCGCCCAUCCCCGUCUCACUGCUCAGCAUCAAAUCCCGGCUGCACGCUCUCACCCGAGUCCUCGGUUCAUCUGUAAAAAAAAAAAAAAGAAAAAAAGGAAAAAAAAAAGUUUGCUUUUUAUUGCAUGCGAAUGUGUAUCCGCCCGGAAAAACAAAACACUCCGGCAUCCCGCCGGUGCAGCGGUUUCAGUGCCUGUGGGCGGGGAUCGGAGGGGGCUGAGCGGGAGGUGAGCGGGCUUCUCUCCGACAGACACGAACCAAUCCGGUGGUAGCUGGGUGAUGUUUGUUAAUACACGCUGAGGGUUACUCCUGUGCACACUGUACAUGCUCAGGACUCUGUAUGUUUGUUUGUCUUGAGCGCUGUUGCUAGGAUGUUCCCCCUCCACUCUCUUUCUCUCUCUCUCUCUCUCUCUCUCUCUCUCUCUCUCUCUCUCUCUCUCAAGGACUGUGGUGAAAAAUGCUGUUCCUGCCUCUCACAGUGCGUGUGUCUCUUCCUCAUCACCUGUACACUGUAGUCCCAGGACAUUACCCUGUUGUCUCCAGGAAUAUACAUCCUGCGGUCCCUAAAACUCACUGCUGUGCCCCCCCCCCUCCUCUUCCUCCCUCCCACCUUCCCUCUUCAGCUCUCUCCUUUGACAUUGUCUCUUCACUACAGACUCUGAUCAGCUGUGACACUAUGCAUCAUGGUCCUUCACUCUGCAUGGACUGUGUCCCUCCGGCUCAGACCUCUGGCCGACGGGCUUCAGUGACACUUUGUUUAAUGCUUUACUCUAGGUGAGGUUGUAGGACCUCACAAGCGCUAUCCCAAAGCAAAAAAUCCAAAUAUUUAACUUUUGACAAAUGCAGAUACCAAAGAUAUCUCUCUGUCCUGUCUCUCUCUCUGUUUUCUCGCCCUUCCACCCUGCAGCAUGUGUAUUAAGAGACAAACCCAGCACUGGCUUUAGUCCUAGCCUCAGUAAUUCCAAAGCUUAGAUGUAUAUUUUGGUAUAUUUCUGAGAUAAACUUGCGUGAAAAGCGUCUGUUUCUCAUUUGUUUGUUGUAAUCUCCUUUUUCUGUCACAGCAUGGAACUAAUUGCAAAACUGUCUUACUCUUGGUAGGUUAAAGAUAUAGUAUUUUUGUAUGUUUUUGGGUGUGUCGUGUGUGAUUUAUCAGUUCACAGCCCAAGUGACCAUGGCUUUCAACAAGAGAGGAAAAAUAAGAAAAAGAAAAAAAAACGCCAACCAUGUACAUAUUAAGUCUGUGUAUCUCAAGAAAUGCAUUCUGUAAAACAUUUACUACUCACCUUGGAAGCUUGGGCUCAUCUAAAGGAAUGUGUCCCCGUUUUAUUUCCCUUUUUUCUUAUUCUGCAGUCUGACAAGAGUUGACUUUCCAGGACUCUAAUGUAAGGAGUUUUGAUUUCCAUUAUGGACUACAACACUGAGGGACACUGCUCCGAUCUGACUACAAGACAAAAAAAAAGAAAAAGAAAAAAAAAAAAAGCCUCCACUUGUGGCGGCAUAGAACUGAAAGAUUGUGUAGGAGUUUUAAGUAUGUGAAUCAGGAUACAUAGUAGAUUUUGAUGCAUUUGUCUGCUGUAUUUUUGUUUGUUUUGUUUUUAUACACAUAUAAAGAUAAUCUUUUACUGUAACUGUACAGUUCUCUUUUGUUGUAAACAUCAUUAAACCAUUUUCCAAGUG